AUGGAAACUCUUACGAAGUCACUUAUAAGGUUGAUUAAAAAUAAGAAAAAUCAUCAGAAAAAUGACUUCGAGCUUGAAAUUCACUUCUUUUUUGAUGACUCUUUUGACAAAACCGCAUCUGGGAAAGUAACGAACAAAUGGGUCAAUCAGUACUUGGAAGUCCUCGAAAGAGUUUUGCCUGAAAAUAGCCAGGAAAAUAUUGGGAAUCAAGGAGAACUCGCCGAAACGCCUUAUGGAGGGCGAAUUCGGUUGCUUGUUUUUGGAGUCGAGUGGACUAUUCAUUUGAAAGAUUCGGAAAAGAUCAAGAAAGGAUUACGAUGGACACAAGUUAUGUACAUGAAUUAUGUCUGCCACUGGAAGAUAAAGCAGGAAAAAGAUGCGAGGAUCAGGGAGGAAAAUUCAUUUAUUUUGGCGAUUGAUGGAGAUGUGGAUUUUAGACCGGUGGAUUUCGACCUUGUUCUUUCAAGAAUGCUGGAUUCAUCGGAAAUCGCCGCUUGUUGCAGUCAAAUUGAGCCAACAGGAAGCGGCCCGAUGGUUUGGUUUCAGCAUUUUGAGUACGGCAUUCAACAUUACUCUAAAUUGUUCUCCGAGAAAUUCCUCGGCUCUGUUUUGUGCACGUCUCAUUGUUUUUGCAUACUGAGAAUGUCAGCAUUGAAGCCAGUCCUGAAGGAUUACGCCAAGGAGGCAUCAGAUGGAAGAACAAAAAUAAUGUUUGACCCAGAGUUCGAAGUCUGGCAGAAAAUCACUGCCCCUGCAAUAGGCCCCUUGCACGUCUCUGGCUUACCCUAA